AUAAACGCAUCCCUGUAGUAACUUCCCUCAACUUCCGGUAAUGAUUAGCAUGGAUGCCACGUAAAGUGCGAAAGCUGACAUGUGUGCGUGAUAGUGUAUGUAUGUAAGCAAAUAAGGAUCAACAAGCGUGCCGCAUAGCAAAACAAAACAGAACAGAAAAUUGCAAAAUAAACAACGCGCUACAAAGUAGGCAACAACUUUGUUGCUCUUCGCCCGACCAUGGAAAUGGAUGUCAAUCGUCAGGCUCAGCGCAAUGGCGCUGAUUUAAUGACCAUAUCAGGGCGCUGCUAUGCCAACAACAAUGCGACAACAACAACACCAUCAGGAGCAGAUCUAAGCGUAGCUACAGCAGUGACGUCAUCGACAUCUUCGGCACCGCCCAACGGCUGCUGCGGCAUCCUAAGUCGAUUAUUUUGCAUUACCCUGCGACGUUGCAGCCACAAGCCAACGCAUGUGGCGGGCAGUGAAUUCAACAAUACUCUUAUUGAACAGCCUCCUACCUAUGCGGUUUGCUUGGAGACAAACAGUAAGCUACAGCAGCAGCAGCAACGCACGACGCCCCUAUCACAGCAACGGCGGCGACGCACGCCUCAGGAAAUCUAUUUCGAGAGUCGCGGCAAAUCCUGCAAGAAGCUAUUGAAAUUCAAUGGUAAUUCCAAUAAGAUUCUGCUAUAUCCGGAGGAGGGAUGGGCGCGCACCGCCAGCUCCAGCUACUGGACUAUAACGCCCUGCUGGUGGCAGCCCAACCGCUGUCGCAUUGUGGAAUGCGCUGGCACGCAACGCCAGGCAACAAAGGCGAAAAUGCUACCCUUGGAGCAGCAAGGUUCGCUGCUCAUUGCAGGGCACUUUCGGCGACCAGCAGCUGCUGCUUCAAAACUGCCGCACGACGAAUUCAAAUUAUAUUUGACAUCGAACAUUUCAAUGGAGGACUAUAACAUGGGAUACUGUUUGACCGGCUUUGUGGAGCGUCGGUGCCAACAGACGAACACCUUUCAGAUGACACACUUUGCUGUCAUCAAACGCCAAUGGCCGCCGUCCAAUUUGGGGGACUCCAAGUGCACAUAGAAAGGAGACGUAGUAUAUGCAUGUGUAUAAGCGGAGUGGGGGGCUUGUGAUUUGUGUUAAGUAAAGCUAGUUCUCUAAGGCGUAGUCUCUAAGUAGUGCAAUAUUGCAAGGUGAUAGAUUAAAGAAACGCAAAAAACUGUAGCAUACGUUUAGGCUCAAUUCGCAAUGUUUAGGCUCAAAGCAGA